AUGGCCUCUCGUCAGGUCACUCUCGGCGCCAUGGCCGUCGUCGUCGCCGUGGCCACCUUGCUCCCGGCGACGGCCAGCGCGGCGUCGUACACGGUCGGCGACGGCUCCGGGUGGGACAUCGGGAUCGACUACCACGCCUGGGCCAGCGGCAAGAAGUUCAGAGUCGGCGACACCCUCGAGUUUUUGUACUCGUUGGGGGAGGCCGAGCACAACGUGGUGCUGGUGGAUGCGCAGAGCUUCGCGGCGUGCACCGUGCCGAGCAACGCGCCGACGCUGACCACCGGGGACGACACGGUGUCGCUGACACAGGCCGGGCAGUGGUUCUUCAUCUGCGGCAUCGAGGGCCACUGCCAGGACGGCAUGAAGCUCGCCGUCAACGUCCAGUGAUAUCCACCCUCGAUCAACUCUAGUAGCCACUGCGAGUCUGCGACCGUGCAAAAUAAAGUCUUCAGAGUUACUACAUUGAACUAGCAUUACGCAAUUCAUACGGGCCAGUA